CCCUUUUUGCCGCUUGCAUUUAAGUUUUUGAAAAUCCGAUUCAAGGUCAGAAAUGGACAUUCCACUCGGUUCGGGAAUGCGGGAAAGGGAGAUGAAGUCAAAUAUACAUUCAUAAUCUAAAAGUAAAUGUAUUCGCGCAUUCUGUUCUGUUCAACGUCCGAGUUUUCGUUAAAUAUUGGCGGGCUUUUCGAGUUUGAAAGAAAGCGGCUGAUGAUUUGGCGCCGGGAUUUUCCGGCCUCCUGCCCGGGCCCUCUCCGGAUUGGUGAGGGAAGCAGAUAUCUGAUUGGGCAUUGAAACGACAUGAGGAGAUACUGAACAAUGUGACCAAUCAGCAAUGGCCGCACCCCCAUUCCUCCCGAAGGUAUAAGAGGACGGGAUGUGGCCGCUUUCCGGCAUUCUCUGUGAAAGUGUUUGUGAGUUUGUGGCGAUGUCUGGAAGAGGAAAGGGCGGUGGCGGUAAAGCUCGGUCGAAGGCGAAGUCCCGGUCGUCCCGGGCUGGGCUGCAGUUCCCGGUGGGCCGUGUUCACAGGCUCUUAAGAAAGGGUAACUAUGCUGAGCGUGUGGGUGCCGGAGCGCCGGUCUAUCUGGCUGCGGUGCUCGAGUACCUGACGGCUGAAAUCCUCGAGCUGACCGGUAACGCGGCCCGGGACAACAAGAAGACCCGCAUCAUCCCCAGGCACCUCCAGCUGGCCGUGCGCAACGACGAGGAGCUCAACAAGCUGCUGGGAGGUGUGACCAUCGCUCAGGGCGGGGUGCUGCCUAAUAUUCAGGCCGUGCUGCUGCCCAAGAAAACCGCCGCUGGGGGCGCCACUAAAAAGUGAAGAGACCGUUCUGUAACUUGACAAUCCAAAGGCUCUUUUAAGAGCCACCCACAACAUCAGUGAAAGAGUCUCAGACCUCGUUUUUGUUCGAUUGAUUUAAUUUUAAAUAUACAGAGCCUGGAACUUCGCAACGUCAAAUUUCAAUCACAUCAUUCAUUGAUCCUGUAGUUGUCACAGUUCGAUAGAAAAUGAAAUCCAUCCUGCUGCUCCUGAUUUCGGUAAUAUUUCCAUUCAGAGCUGGCAGCCGAUGAUCAGGAAGAAGUUAUGAUGAGCUUAUUAUAAAUUACAAUGUAUGACAUAAUUGGAGAACAGAAUAAUCGUUUUGCAAAUACGUUUUCCAGUCCCACUGCUUGUUGUUCACUGCCAAUUUCACAUCUCCCUUCAUCGCAUUAGAGAAAGCGAAAGUGACCCGGGACAGCACGUUGCAGGGUCAUUUGCUUCUGAUAAUGAACGGCCGCUGACCCUCUGCGCAUUAAUCUCAGGUGCAGCUCAUUUUCCUGCCUUUGAUAUUAUCGAGUCCUCACAGUGUGGAAGCAGGCCAUUCGGCCCAUCGAGGCCCGACUGACCCUCUGAAGAGCAUCUCUCACAAAGUGCCCUUCCAUAUCCCU